AUGUCCUCGAUUGACAUUAAGGCUAUAGGGGACUUACAACUAAGUUGCCAUAGUAAGGACAAAAUUUAUUAUAAAAUUGCUGAGAUGUCAAGUAGAGAUGGACAUGGUUGUAGAAAUUUAAGAGGUAGUAGAGGUGGGAGUUUUAGAGGAGGUAGAGGAGGUAGAGGAGGUAGAGGAGGUAGGGGAAGUAGUUCAGGUGGUAGGCAAUCAUUCAAUGGUCCUCCAUCCUCUAUCAUUGAAGUUGGUAAAGUAAUACAUUCUACUGAAAAUGAACUUGUUUGCCAAAGCUCAUUGAAAGAUCAAGUUCCAUAUUUUAAUGGUAGGAUAUUUCUAGAAAAUAAACAGGAGAUAGGCAAAGUUGAAGAGAUUCUAGGUCCAAUAAAUAACUAUUAUUUCUCAAUAAAGAUGCAACAAGAUAUUAAGGCUGAGUCAUUUUCUGAGAAUACUAAAGUCUUCAUUGAUCCACAGCAAUGCCUUCCAAUAUCUAGGUUCCUUCCAAAACCAGCCCAGAGUAAAAUUGUCAAAAAAUCAGGUGAUAGCUCCAUAAAUAAAACACGAGAUAGAGGGCGUGGAGGAUUUAGAGGUCGAGGUGGUAGAGGGGGCUCUCCGGGUAGUGGUUUCAGAGGUGGAAGAGUAAGACCUUAA